UGCCAUUUUUUGUGCUACUGGCUAACUUGCUAAGCAAGGGGUCUCCAUCAGGAGGAGGCGGAGAAGACUGCAGGCAGCAGAGAGAGGCAGUCAAAUCAAGAGACUGAACUUUCCCUGGAGAAUCGGGGAGCUCUUCCACACAGGAAACCGUUAUUAGAAAGACUGUACAAUGUCUGAUUUUGACAGCAAUCCGUUUGCAGACCCGGACUUCAGCAAUCCCUUUCAGGAUCCUUCGGUGACGCAGGUGACCCAGUCUGCCCCUCCUGGUGGUCUGGAGGAGUAUAACCCCUUCACAGACGCCAGAACGGCGGCUCCUGGAAAUGCCCCCAAAUCGACUCCUGCCCCUUCCCAGAACACACAACCUGCCAUCAUGAAGCCCACAGAAGAGCCGCCGGCAUACUCACAGCAACAGACUCAGGACCAAGCACGUGCUCAGGCUGAGUUGUUGAGAAGGCAGGAGGAGUUGGAAAAGAAAGCCGCAGAGCUAGAUCGUCGGGAGAGAGAGUUACAGUCCCACGGAGCCGCUGGAGGGCGUAAGAACAACUGGCCUCCACUGCCAGAGAAGUUCCCUGUUGGCCCGUGUUUCUAUCAUGAUAUUGCAGUGGACAUUCCUGUAGAGUUCCAAAAGACUGUCAAGAUCAUGUACAACCUUUGGAUGUUUCAUGCAGGCACCCUCUUUGUGAACAUGUUUGGCUGCAUGGCCUGGUUCUGUGUGGACACAUCUCGUGGUGUAGAUUUUGGCCUGGCCAUGUUGUGGUUUCUGCUGUUUACCCCCUGUUCUUUCGUCUGCUGGUACAGACCGCUUUACGGGGCUUUCAGGAGUGACAGUUCAUUCCGCUUCUUUGUCUUCUUCUUCGUCUAUAUCUGUCAGUUUGGAGUUCAUGUCCUACAGACUAUUGGCAUCGCUGACUGGGGAACAUGUGGUUGGAUCGCAGCUUUAACUGGUCUCAACACCAGUAUCCCAGUGGGCAUCAUCAUGUUACUGAUUGCAGCUCUGUUCACGGCACUGUCUGUGGGCUCGCUCAUUAUGUUUAAAAAGGUGCACGCUCUGUAUCGUACCACUGGUGCUAGUUUUGAGAAGGCCCAACAGGAGUUUGCGACGGGGGUCAUGUCUAACAAGACUGUUCAGACUGCAGCCGCCAACGCUGCAGCUAAUGCUGCAACCAAUGCCGCUCGUGGGGCCUUCAAAUCUCAGCCAUAAACUGACACACACACACACACACACACACACACACAUACACAAAUAUACACAAGCUCACACACAAAAAGCAUAUAUACACACACUCAAAAGUUGGAGGUGCACAACUCUGGCCCUGCAGGCUCUCAGAUCAAAUUGAUUCUAUUUAUGAAUGUUGUUAUGCUAGGAUUGAUUAUGACUUAUGCUAAGAGUCAGAGGCCAGAAAUAACAGAGGAAUUAAGAUAAAUAAAAGAUAAAGUGAGCAGAGUUGUCCACCUCCGCUUAAAAUCAAGUUCAGUAAAAAUACUCUCCUACAUCCUUCCUGUCUGCUUUUCAGUCAGAUAACUGUCUCCAAACAUCCCUUGGAACAUCCACUAAGUGACUCAAGGUGUGCUCUGAGUGUGUGGGAUUUCAUCUCACCCCCUCGCUUUCCCAGUUCUUCUAUACCCUUGAGGUGAUCCCAGGUCAGGCAGAGGUCGCAGGUUCCACAUACCUUAUUUUUGUCAUGGUGAUGACCUCCAAACAGCUUCCUGUCUGGUUAAUACAGCAGAGUCAUGAAAAGGGAUAAUCUGAUCAUGGUGUUUUGCACAUAGUUCUGUUUUCUUGGUCACAUACCGAAAGUACAGUGUGUGUUUGAAUGGCUGGGCCUGUGUGUGAAUGUGUACUUCACUCUUAAGAAAAUUGUGGUUCUGACUUCUGUUUUUUUUAUUUUUUAUAAUCCAGUCAUCCAGACAGUCAUCUGAAAGGUAGACUGUACCUUGUCCUAUAUCUGUGACUCUAUUCCAUAUAAAUAGAAAUAUGUCGUUAUGUUCUUCGUUAAAGACCUGCCUGCAGCCCCUAGCAGUGCUCCAGUGAUACCUGUCAGUCUAACAGUUAUUCGCACUUUGUGUGCUACCUUGAUUGGCAGUGUGGGCUUGGGUCAGCAUCUCUGCGGCUUACCAAGAUUUGACAGCAUGAUAACGACGUGCAUGUUUAGCACAACCCAAGGUAGCUGCUUCUUUGGCAAAGUCAUUCUGUACACUAUAAGCCUUUUAUUCUGGCCACAGGUUGUAUCUGGUUUUGGGGGAAUGUUUGCCUACUUAUUUUCCCCUUGGUUUGUUGUAAGAAGUGGGCUGUAAAGGUAUUGCAUAUCCCAGUGGCUGAUUGACUAAGAGAUGAUGUUUGACACACUGAACACCCCUGGUCAGUAUGUCACUAGUUCAAUCCACAAACCUAAAAGAGGUUCAGUCAGAUUCUUUCAUGGCCUGGUGCACUAAAAGGGGGAAAAACUUGAGAAACGUUCGCAUUUUCCUUUAUGUAUGAAUGACUAACAGACUACUAUGUGGCUGUCUCUCAGUUUUUUUUUGCAGCCCUUCACACUUGGUUAAAAACUAACGCUGCUAUGAAUUUGAGAGCCGCUUGGUCGUGGCCUCCUGCUGUCAUGUCUCCUCUUUUUUUAUCUGCAUUCAUAAAAUAGUAAAAACAUUGAUACAUAGACUAACAGUCUGUUUGCUUUUUUACAGACUAAGUCCAGUGACUUUCCUCUGCCAGUAUUGGAUUACUGGCAUCAGAAGUUUAAUAGCCAAAAUAAGCAUUAAGAUAACAGAGGAUAGGACUUGAUGCACAUUCAGUGAUAUCACUAAGAUGCAUUAACUGAUGUACAAUAAUAUCAGUGUUAUUCAACAAUAAUUCGUACAGGCUACUUUCACUAAAGUGAAAUAUAGACGUGGUUUACGUCUGUGUCAUGCUUUAGAACCUCUCAUAGUGGUGGUGUGUGUCUGAAGAUGUGCAUGAUAGAUGACUGAUACUGCUGUUAUUACACAUGUAUGGGCUAAACAUAGUGGAUAAAAUGAGCGUUACUAAGUUGAAGGUCAACAAUUUGUCGUGACGUACUUGGCCUACAUCUUGGCAAUAUUGUUUUGUUUGGAAAUAUUGUUUUAGAUUUCAUUGCACAUUUCUUGUUUUAUGUUGGAAUUAGUGCAAAAGACAAACAUUUUUUAUUUUAUUUAUGGUGUAAUUUAAGUUGUUUUGGCAUUUCAAUUUUGUUCAGUUUGAUUUGACAUGUAUUAUGUUUGUGUGGUUUUGUAAUGGCAUGAUCAAAGCAUCAGCUAGAUUUUAAAGUGUUUAACGACGUUGCAACGUGACCUUGCAAGAGGCGUGGAUGAGGACGUGUGUGUGAUUGGUAUGAAAGGGACAACUAAACCUCCCUCAAGUGUUAUUCUAUGUCCUGAAAAGCUGUGAGAAAUCUACCAAAUGUCCAUAUAGAUUUGUUUUUAAAUCUUUGUGAUGUGUUCCCUUGCCAUGUUUUACUUUUAAGAUGUUACACUUCAAAACACCCAUAUGACUCCCAUGUAUCUAUAGUUUUAAACAGUUGUGAUAUGAAGCCAUGCCAUAGUGGGUCAUUUCUUGAUGUAUUUGGUGAGCUGGUCUGCAGUACAAAACGAUGUGAUGCCGACAUAAAACUGUUAUUGACCGGUGACCAUGUUAUUUCACUGAAUCAGAGUACAAACCUAUUCAAAAGGGACACUUGUAUAUUUUGUAAAGUUGCAAAUUUAAUCCCCAUUAUCAAUCACAUGUAAAAAGAAAACGUAAUGCACUCCUGUCUGGCCUUUGUUGCAUGUGAAAUAGUUUGAGUUUUGUAUAUUUAUGGUAUUAACAUGAAAUAAAAUUUGAAAGAAAUGUU